CCCAUUUCAUGCUUGCUUCACUUAAUUGUCGAAGAAUUUGUCUCAUUAGCUGAGUUUGCGAGACGUUUGAAAGAGUGAUGAUCUAUCCGCACACAUAAACCGCGAGAUUAAAAGAUGUCAGCAGAUUAGGUAGAGGAACACUGGCAGCUGUUAAUCGUUAUCCUUGUAACAGUUUGGGAAAGAUCCGUUACUGAGUCCUCACAGAAGCUUUACAACGUGGCGUCAAAUGAGUAAGUGCUCGAUACGUAGGAGCAGAGCGCGAUAUAUACUGCGAUAGAGAAGAAAAACAGAGAGACUAUACCUUCAUCCCUACAAGCCUGUUUCGUGAUUACUCACUCAUCACGUCUCCUCAAAGACGUUUCAUUUUGUGUAGAAGGCAUCACGAAGGCUGAGUUCGUAAAAUUGUAAAAGUGUUUUACAUACACGGUGUGUCAGGAUAAUGAUGCGUUUGAGGUGUAUCAUCAUGAUUUUAUGGGUGCUUUUUCAUAUCUUCCUCUUGUUCUUAACUCCUGCACAAACAAAAUCUGUCAAGUCACCAUUGUAUGUUGGGUCUAUGGCUCCUUUAACUGGUAGGCGCGCUUGGUGGGGCGCUGGAAUCACAGCUGCAAUGCAAAUGGCUUUUGAGUACAUUAACAACGACUCCAGUAUUUUACCUGGGUAUGAGUUGAAAUUGAUGGCGAAUGACACGAUGGGAGAAACCGGCUUGGGCAACAAAAUCCUUUAUGGUUACAUCAAAGCAGGCAGGCCGUCAAUUGUCUUAGGACCUGGCAGAUCCAACGUGGCAUUGUCCGUGGCAGACACUGCAAAGUAUUGGAAAAUGAUUCAGAUUUCAGCUUCAGCUGAGAGUGGAGACCUUUCCGACCCUGUGACGUAUCCUUACUUUUUCCGCACAAUUCCCUCUAUAUCCUCAUCCAAAUCCACUUUUGUGGCUCUUGCAAAGGCAUUUAAUUGGAAGCGAGUAUCGAUCCUGUUUUACAGCAGAGACAUGUAUAUUAAGGCUGCCACCAAUCUUAAGAAGGAAUGCGAAAGAAACAACAUUACUGUCUUGUCAUACGGGAGCUUCGGGGACACCAAUGAUGCCGAGAACCAAUUGAAGCACAUCAAGGAUCUUGAUGCGAGAAUCAUUUUUGCAUUCCUACAGAAGACGACGAAUGUUAUGUGUUUGAUCUAUAAGUACAACUUGUAUGGUAAUAAAUACGGAUGGGUAAUACAUACUCCAGAUUCACGAGAAUGGUGGAAAAGAACCUUCCCAGAACUUGACUGUUCUGCACAACAAGUAAACAUAGCGGCGGAGUACUCCAUAACUGUUGACCAUCUUUACAUAAGCAAAGAUAAUGUGUCCUCGAUAUCUGGUUUGACUCCUCAACAGUUUUCCAAGGCGUAUGAAGAGUUUGCAAAUAACACAAACGUAAAAACAUCACUAUAUGGACCGUUUGGCUUCGACGCGGCCUGGCUGGUGGCGCUUGCUUUAAAGACAUCCAUCGAAAAACUGUCCGAAUCCCAGUUGUUGAACAUCCAGGAUUUUGCAGAAAAUAAUGCAUCUGAAAUUGUUAAAGAGAGUCUGCUAACGACGAGAUUUACAGGGGUGACGGGUGAGGUACAACUUGAGAGCAAUGGAGAUAGGACAGGGAAAUUUGAAAUUUUUCAACUUAGAGGAAGUGUACUUUAUCCUAUUGCCUUUCACGACGCUACAAAACCCGACUUUCUCUCCUUUUACAAUGAAAUGGAGUUCAAAUGGAGAAAUGACAAGUCCCCUCGCGACCAGGUUCUCUUUAAGGACAAACUGAUCCAUUUAUCGGAGGGGAACUUUAUCGUUAUGUGUGUUGUAGCUGGCAUGGGGAUUUUUGUCUGCUUUGGAUUUCUGUACUUUAACGUUGCCAAUAGACACAUAAGGUUCAUCAAGAUGUCCAGUCCUAACAUCAACAAUGCAAUUAUUGUUGGUUGUAUCUUAUCCUACAUUUCUGUUGUCUUAUUCGCCAUCGAUGGAGAACGUCUUACCAGCUUUACUUGCAACGCCAAAGUAAUAACCUUGGACAUCGGUUUCACAGUAGCUUUUGGUUCAAUGUUCUCAAAGACAUGGCGUGUUCACAGAAUCACAAGGAAGAUAAGAGUGCAAAGACGGGUGAUUAAAGACAUCCACUUGUUUGGAAUGAUCUUCGUAUUCCUGUUUGUCGACAUAGUUAUCAUCAUUAUUUGGUCGGCAGUGGAUCCUUUGCGAAAGGAUAAGAAAUAUCUUGAAGACAAGGCUGUUCAUGAGCAAAAUGCAGACGUCAUUGACAGGCCUAUGGUUUACUACUGUGCAAUGAACAGAACUGUUAUUUGGUUGCUUUUGGUGUAUGGUUUCAAAGGAAUUCUACUCAUCUUCGGGUCAUUUUUAGCGUGGGAGACUCGUAAAGUCAAGAUAGCCGCGCUGAAUGACUCGCAUCAUAUAGGCAUGGCUGUGUACAACGUGUUUAUUGUUUGUACGAUAGGAGUUCCUUUGGCAAUUUACAGCGACAAGCAAGCCUAUGAAUUCUCUUUUUACAUUAUAACAAUUUCAAUCUUCUUUUGUACCACUUUGACGUUAUGCCUCGUCUUUGUGCCAAAGAUAAGGAUAGUGAGGAAAGGAAAUUGUGAAGAUGCAAUUGAAAGAUUCCCAACAAAUGGCAUAAAAUACGAAACCAAAAACCUAAAUAAUUUUCGUGAAAGUUUGAAUAGUGCGGAACUUCAAAAGGAGGUUAAACGACUCCGAGAAUUGAUAGCAAAGUCAGAGAUGGAACGAGAAACGAGGGCAUCAAAAGUGUCCCAGCAUCUGGUUCCCCAGCCAAGUUGUAUGGUCUGAAAAUUAUUGAACUUAAUGUUGCUGUCGUCACACCAAUAAAUGGAUGCUUCUUUAAGGUUAUAUCACAUCAACACUAAUAAUUGACAAUUGGUUAUGAUCCAUUAUGCAUUUAACUUGAAAACUGUUUGGAGGACAGUUACACGGCUGAAUGCUCCUGUACGUUUAAGACGAAAACUUUAUCGCCAAGACCUUUUUAAGUCAAUACAGUAUAGUGCCGAGCUCCUUUAGCGCUCUAAAUAGAUUAUGUUUAAUGACUUUAAAAUCGAAAUAUCGUCAUAAUAAGCGAUUUUUUUUGUGACCUUUGAGCAUGUGACGAUGACGUUAUUCAACGGUGCUCUUGAUGACCAUGAAAAGAAUCACAGAUAGACCGUGAAAAAAGGAAGAUUUUUUUGUAAUUAUGUGCAUCAGUCUUAAAGAUUUCUUUUAUAAGUCUGAAGUUCAUUCAUUUCAGGAAAUUGAAGCAUAUGCUUAUCUACAUGAAAAUGCAAUAACAAUCAGUGGAUCUGAUUUCAUAGCCAGUGUGAGUGUGAGUAAUUGUGGAAAAGUUGAUCUGAUUGGCCAAAUGCAACCUCUUAUCCCUUCAUUAUCACCUACAUUAGGGUUUUUAAAAUACAAUAUUUUAAAUUACAGAGGUGCUUAUACUCAAAAUACCUCAAAAUGUCAAAAUACCCCUGAGGGAUUUCUUGAAUCGAUAAGGGAGAUUAUACAGGAGAACGUGCAGUUGGUUAUCCGAGGAUGAUUAUCGAGAACUAUUCACCCAAGGCUAAAGAAAGCAUUUACUUC